AUGGCAUUCAAGUCGACCCAGAACAUGUCUGGGGUGGAAUUGGUGGACAGACUCAAUUCUCUAGGGGGUAAUUACAUGUGUGCCUCUUCCAGAGAGUCUCUUAUUUAUCAAGCCAGUGUUUUCAACCAGGACGUUGACAAGAUGUUUGCCUUGCUCAGCGACACCGUGGCCCGUCCAAACUUGAACGAAUCGGAACUCAGCGAACAGAUCAACAACGCCCGCUACGAACUGAAUGAAUUAUGGCUCCAGAGUGAUAUGAUCCUUCCAGAAUUAUUACAACAAACAGCGUACAGCGGCAAGAAUUUGGGAUGUCCCUUGUUGUGUCCGCCCGAGGAACUCGAAAACGUCACCCUGGACAAAUUGCAUCAGUAUAGAGACCUGUUCUUCAGACCAGAUAGAUUGGUGGUUGCAAUGAGCGGGGUCAGCUUGCAACAGGCCGAGGAGCUCACCCACAAGCACCUGGAUAGUUUCAAAGCAAACAGCUCCACACAGAUCAUCAAGGACGAGGCCAAGUACACCGGUGGCGAGUUCUCCAUUCCAUACCCUGAGGAACUGGCCUACAUGGGCCAGGAGUUCCAUCACAUACAUGUUGGAUUUGAAGGUGUUCCGAUCCAAAACGACGAAAUAUACAAGCUGGCCACUCUUCAAAUGCUUGUUGGUGGCGGAGGAUCGUUUUCCGCGGGUGGACCCGGUAAAGGAAUGUAUUCCAGAGCAUACACACGGAUUCUCAACCAGUACGGAUUUGUCGAGUCGUGUAAAUCGUUCAUCCACAACUUCACCGACAGCGGACUGUUUGGCAUUUCGUUCAGCUGUAUUCCGGCCGCCAACCGUGUCAUGGGAGAACUGAUCGGGUACGAGUUGGCCUUGUUGAUGGAUGAAAACGUCAAGAACGGCGGAAUCACAGAUAACGAGGUGGAACGGUCCAAGAACCAGCUCAAGUCGUCGUUAAUGAUGAACUUGGAGAGCAAGAUGGUCCAAUUGGAAGACAUGGGCCGUCAAGUGCAGAUAUAUGGAAAGCGUGUUGAUGUGUUAGACAUGUGCGCCAAAAUAGACAGUGUCACCAGAAAAGACCUGAUCGACAUUGCAACGAGAGUUUUGACCGGAUCCAAACCAACCAUCGUGAUCCAGGGUGACAGAGAGUCGUUCGGCGACGUUGCUGGCACUCUGUCCAAAGCAGGUCUUGGUGCUGAUAGACAGGAGAAAAAAGGAUGGUUUAUGUAA